AUGCAAGAGGCUGUCACUCUGCGGCAGAAGGGGCUCCUAUUGGUCGGGCUAGAGGAGGACGAGCUGACUAUAAAAGGACCCGGUCGCAAGGAGACGCCUGGCGGGAAGCUGAGCGCCGAGAGCCGGGGUGCGGGCAUCGCAGCACCGGCUCUCCGCACUAACUCUCCUCCGCUUGUCAGCCGGGGCCCCUGCCUCGGAGCCCGGCAACUCUUGGCCGUCGCCCGCGCAGCCCCGAGGGCCCCUCGCCUCGCCUCACCUGCACGUGCCGCGCCCCGCGCGCCCCGUCUGGCCGCAACAAUGAGCGAGCUUAACACCAAAACAUCCCCAGAAACCAACCAGGCACCUGGCCCGGAGGAGAAGGGGAAAGCUGGCAAUGCCAAGAAGGCUGAGGAGGAGGAGGAGAUUGACAUUGAUCUGACGGCUCCGGAAACAGAGAAGGCUGCUCUUGCUAUUCAGGGCAAGUUCCGGCGAUUCCAGAAAAGGAAAAAGGAUCCCAGCUCCUGAAUAAUCAGCCUUGCCCUUCACCCUGCUCCCUUUCUCCCCUUCUCCACAGCUCUGACUCCCAUGUUUCUUUGUCUCUUUGUCCCUCUAGACUCUCGUUGAGGCAAGUUCAACCCUUAUAUAUUAUUUUCUCUGGCCCCCUCAAGCAAUCACAGCAGUAGAGGCACAAGGAACAUGGGGAAGGUGAAGAAUUCAAUUGGCAGCCACUUGCCUAAGGGUGGAACAGUUUCUCCUUGGGUUAAGGCUCCUUGAUCAGUACCUAUGCCUGCCCUAUGAGGCUGAAGAGCAAGAGGCUUUGAGGUUGAGAGAGGGACCCCUGACAAUGUGGGGGGAGGGGAAAGCCUUCAGAGCAGGGCACCCAAGGGUGGGGCAUAUGCACUAUUCUGCUGGUUACAACAUUCACACUUCAGGUCACAUUUUUCCCCCUUCAUAUCCUUCUGCACCACCACCUCCAAUUUCCCUCCUAUGAGCUAAGCCAGUGGGGACUGGAGUCUCCCUUUUCCCUAGGCAGACCUAAAUCGAGCAGCUUCCACAUUAGUGCAUGCUGAGUAGAUUAGUUCCAAGGAAGGGAGAUUGGGACGAGUAGAGGCAAGAAGUUUCCUUCAUCAUCUAGUCUGAGAUCGUAAGGGCCAGAGGUGGAAGAGGUUCAAGGGGCCACAGGCAGGAAAUGGAGCUAGAGUAGAUUUGAGAAGGAAAGAAAAACAAAGGAGGGGGAGAUCUCUGAAGACACAAGUUACUGCUGGUAAAAGUGUAUUAUAUGAGGGAUUCUUGGGGCUUUGCUAACCUGCCUACCUCUAACCCCCCAAGUCUAGCCAUCCCCAGAGGUCACACAAACCAAGUGACCCCUGUAGUUCCUACCUGCGCCACUGUGGAGUCAGGGCAGAAGUGGAAUAGACACUCUAUGUGAUUUUAGCAUGUUUAAUAAUUAUUAAAAAAACCAACCAACCCUCAAGUGGGGCCAUUUAACCUCUACUUCUGUUUUUCUUGGGAGGAAUAUAAAUGUAAGCCUGAGCUGGCCUCAGGGAGGGUGGUAGAGCAACUACGUGGAUUCCAUGGAGGCUCGGGAAACUGACACUGCCCGAGCCACUUUCAGACUGAAGCCCACCCCUGCCUUCCUAUCCCCGACCUCACCCUCACCUUGACUCACCACCCGCAUUGUCUUUAUCUGCUGCUGUCACCACCACAGGGGCACACCUGCAAGGGUGCUCCUCUCCUUCUCUUUCCCCUCCCAGCUAAGAGCACACUUGGUGUAUAUCCCUCUGAAAACAAACCCAGUCUUCCUUGCUCCCUAUCCUCAAAUGACCUACCCUGGCUGUCCCUCCUGCUUUGUCUUCC